GACCUCCCCAAACUCCUCAGAGUCUCAACAAUGGCGGAUCUCAGACUUCUCCUUCUUCUCUCCACUUUCUCUCUCCUCCUCUCCGCCGCACUCGCGCUCUCCGAGGCCCGCCAAUGCCGCCUCCGCCGACUCGACGCCGUCCAGCCCCGCCGGAGCUUCCGAUCCGAGGGAGGCUCCACCGAGCUCUGGGACGAACGAUCGGAGCAAUUCCAGUGCGCCGGCGUCGGCGCCAUGAGAAAUGUGCUUAAACCUAAGGCGCUCUCCUUGCCUAAUUAUCAGCCCUAUCCUCGUCUCAUCUACAUCGAGAAAGGCCAGGCGGUCAUCAGCGUCGCCUUGCCAGGCUGCGCCGAGACGUUCCACGACCUCCCCGCCGGAUCGGAAUCUCGGCGAGGAGACCGGGAUUCGCACCAGAAGGUCCAUCGCAUCCGGCGAGGAGACGUCGUCGCCAUCCCCGCCGGAGCUGUCCAUUUCUGCUACAACGACGGCGAUGAAGAACUCGUCGCCGUCUCCGUCAACGAUCUCAGCCACCGCUCCAAUCAGCUCGACCAGAACUUCAGAGCGUUUUACCUCGCCGGCGGAGUUCCGGCGGCCGGAAAGCAGGAGGAGGAAAAUUUCCGGAACAUUUUCCGGGCUUUCGACGCGGAGCUUCUGGCGGAGGCUUUCAAUGUCCGGCCGGAAAUCAUAGAGAAGAUGCAGGCGGAGGAGCAGGCGGAAAGGGGUCUGAGCAUCAUCCCAAAGGAGCCGUUGAAGUUCGUCUUCCCCGACGAGGAGGCUCGCCGGAAUUCCAACGGAUUGGAGGAAACCUUCUGCUCGAUGACCAUCCGCGCCGCCCUCGACAACCGCCGCGACGCCGACAUCUCCUCCCGCCAGGCAGGAAAACUCAACGUCGUCGACCGGAACAAGCUCGCCAUUCUUAAUUACAUCGACAUGAGCGCCGAGAAAGGCAAUCUCUUCCCUAACGCUUUAUUGAGCCCCGGUUGGAACAUGCAUGGGCACGGCGUAGUCUACGUGACCGGCGGCGCCGCCCAGGUGGAGGUGGCGGACAACAACGGGAAGAUUCUGAUGAGCGACAUGGUGAAGGAGGGCGACAUGUUCGUGGUGCCGCAGAACUUCAUGUCGGCGGCGCGUGCCGGAGACGACGGAUUUGAGUGGGUGUCGUUCAAGACGUCGGGGUGGCCGAUGAGGAAUGAGGCGGCGGGAUAUACCUCGGUGAUGAGGGCGAUGCCGGUGGAUGUUCUGACCAACGCGUACAAGAUGUCGCCGGAGGAGGCGCGGAGCUUGAAGAUGAACAGCGGCGGCCAGACCGUUCUGAUGUCGCCGCGCCGGCAGAGGCGGGACUGAAUCAGAGUGUGGGGAAGACGAUGGUACCCUGUGCUUUGAUGCUUGUACCUAGGAAAAAUUAGCGUGCGUUUUUCCUGAAUUAAUAAUGCGUGCAUGCAUGUAAUAUAUGAGGAGAAAUAAAAGGGUGGCACUCUUUUUUUGUUAA